AUGGCCAAGGUUCCUUCCAAGACCGUCGUCAUUGUCGGUGCUUCCUGGGCGGGAAUCAAUGUUGCCCAUGGCUUGCUGAAGCAGGUGCCCAAUGUUAAUGUGGUUUUGGUCAAUCCGUCGGAGGACUUUUACUUCAAUAUUGCUUCGCCGCGAGUUAUCGCAAGGCCCCAGGCAUUCAGCAGAGACAAGUACAUGUAUCCAAUUCAAGAACUGUUUGAGAAAUAUCCCGCCGAAGUCAGGGCAGGCUUUGGAUUUGUCCUUGGCAAGGCGACGGCUGUUGAUAUCGACGGGAAAAAAGUCUAUGUCACGGAACAAGGUGCAGAGAAAGAAAGAUAUAUUGCAUAUGACUAUCUGGUCAUUUCAUCCGGAAGUACGACCAAGGCGACACUGGGCGGCUCCUCGCUCAAGGUGCCCUUCAAAGCAUCCAAGGAUAGCAACACAGACAUCGACAUCAAGAACGCGCAAGAUUCCAUUCAAGCUGCCAAGAGCGUCAUCAUCGGCGGAGCCGGCGCUGUGGGCGUCGAAUUCGCCGCGGAGCUGGCAGAGGAAAGACCCGAUAUCAAAGUCAUCCUGGUCACGCCAACAGACCGAGUACUCCCUACUCUCAAGAACGGCCCUCGCUCCAAGGCGGAAAAAGUGCUCAAGGCAAAAGGGAUCGAAAUCGUCACCAAAGAGGCAGUCGAGGCUGCAAAUUUCGACUCGGUGGCCAACAAAUGGACUGUCAUACUGACCACUGGCAACACCAUGACCGCCGAUGUCUAUAUCCAUGCAGCGGGGGUUGUUCCCAAUAAUGAAUUCAUCCCGCGCGCUCUGCUCGAUGAAGAUGGCUGGGUCGAAGUCGACCGCCAUUUCCGCGCCAGCAGGAUCCCCUUGUCGGCAAACAUCUACGCCGUUGGGGAUAUCACGUCGCACACGCAGCGCAUUGCCGCCCGCAUGCCUACGAUAACCGGUGCUGUGGUUAGCAACUUAAAAGCCGAUAUUCUAGGCAAGGGGGCGCGCUCAACUUUCGAUGCUGCCAAACAAAGCGUGUUGCUGGCUGUGCCGCUUGGCAAAUCGGACGGCACCGGGCAGAUGGGAUGGUUUGUUUUCCCGGGAUUUGUGCUGGCAAUAUUCAAGGGCAAGGAUUUUAUGACGGGGCAGGGGAGAAAGUUGGUAUCUGGUUAA